CUUCCUUUGGUCUGAAAGCAAACUUUCUACUCCACCGACUCAAGCCCUCGUCUUAUCUCUGAAGACUUCUCCAAGCCAUUUUGUUAAUGGACAAUACGCAAGCUUCGAAGUUUUUUACGUCAAAGCCUGUAAUAAUUAUGUUUUCAGUGGCGGGAGGUUUAUUUGGUUUUGGGCUGAUUACUAGAAUCAUAUCUCGUAUACUGAAGAAUCAGAAAAAGAAAGAGAAAAUAGAGAAUCAGGACAAGGAAACAGAGACGGCUAAGGAGUUGGCAAGAACGUUGAGGAACUUGCUGGCUUAUGACCGCACACAACCAGGGCCACAUGUUGUGGCAGCGAUGGAUGAGGAAACAGGAUUAGAGAAACAAACAGUAGAAAGGUUCAUAGAGCACAUGCUCCAAGAAAAACCAGCCAGGCUUUCAUCUCAAGUACUUGAAAUUUUCACAUCAAAUUACUCUACCAAAUUAGGUGAAGGUGCGUAUGGAGCAGUUUACAAAGGACAUUUUCCUAAUGGAGGGCAGGUUGCUGUUAAAGUACUUAACAACCAGGGCAUAGACAAGAGAAUUGAAGAGCAAUUCAUGGCUGAAGUUAACACCAUAGGAAGAACUUAUCAUCGGAAUCUAGUGAGGCUUUAUGGCUUCUGCUUUGAGGCAAAAACCAAAGCACUAGUCUAUGAAUACAUGGAAAAUGGAUCGCUUGACAAGCUGUUGUUUGAAAAGAAACAUAAUAUUGAGUGGGACAAGUUGUACGAGAUUGCAACUGGGGCAGCUAGAGGACUUGAGUAUUUGCAUCAUUUCAGCCAUGGGAGAAUAAUCCAUUAUGAUAUUAAACCUGCAAAUGUCUUGCUUGAUUCUAACUUUUGUCCAAAGAUUGAAGAUUUUAGAGGGUGGAGCUGAAGCUGCAACUCCUCCAAAUCCAUUUCUGCAUUUGAUUUCAUCACCUAAUGUACCUUCGUGCAUGAUUAGCAACUCAAUUUCAGCAACAGGUUAUGAUGAGGAUGACAGAAAUGAUACAACAAUCGUGAGACAACAUGAGAUUCAGUAUGCAACUUCUUAUAAUUGAGUAAUUUUCGUCGUUAUUAAAUUAUAUAAAGUCGAUUACUACUCUAUCGUCUUCAAUUCAUGUAUUAUUCUCACGCUUUAAGAUAUUAUGAAAACAUUGUUAGGACGUAUUGAAAGGACACCUAAUGCUUAUUAUUUAUUCUAAAACAGAUUGGUUUUAUUAUUUA